AGCGUGACGAUCCUCUAACUUGAGUAUGGAAAAACAACCGUUGCUUGGUUUCCGAAGAGGAAUUCACAAUUCAGAAAACACUGAAGAGAAACAAACGUUAAUAACAGGAGCACAUGACGCAGACGUGACGGUUGCAACAGAACGGCACUACACAAAGAACCUUGCAUUUGCCAUAGCAGCAUGCGUGUGUGGCUCGUCUUUUAUGUUGGGCUACAACACCGGAGUCGUCAAUACACCAGCAACAAUAAUCAAAGAUUUCUACAACGCAAGCUACAACAAGAGACAAGGAACAAACUCCUCAAAGUACCUCAGUACCAUAAGCAUCUCAGUCCUUUGGGCCACUACCGUUUCUGUUUUUGCAUUGGGUGGAAUGAUUGGGGGGCUCAGCGCAGGGUAUUGGUGCAAUAAAUACGGAAGAAAAGGAGCCUUGCUGAGAAACAACCUUUUGCAUUUAAUAUCAGCUGCUUUGAUGUAUUAUUCUCACUUUUUAAACUCCUAUGAAAUGUUGAUAGCUGGUCGACUUUUGGUCGGGAUAUGUGCAGGAAUAAACUCAGGGGCUGCCCCGUUAUACUUGAUGGAGAUAGCACCCACGUCUCUGAGAGGAUUUGCUGGGGUCUUCAACCAGCUAGCCAUCAACAUAGGCAUUCUGGUCUCUCAAAUAUUGGGACUGGAUUCUGUCAUGGGAACUAAAGACCUUUGGCCAUACGACUUGGGAGCAACUGUUGUACCAAUAGUUAUAAUGUUGUGUUCUCUGCCAUGGUGUCCAGAAUCUCCGCGAUAUCUAAUGCUUACUGCAAUGGAUGAAAACAAGGCUGAAAAAGCUCUAAUCUGGUUAAGGGAAACUGAAGAUGUAGGAGAGGAUAUGGAUGAAAUGAAAAGGGAAGCAGAGACGCAGACGAGGAUGCCAGAGUUUGCUUUCAUGGAUUUGUUCCGGAACAAAUUUUUCAGAGAGCCGUUGACUAUAAGCGUAGUUCUACAACUGACACAGCAGUUCAGUGGCAUCAACGCUGUGAUAUAUUACUCCACCGAAAUUUUUAAAACAGCUGGUUUAAGUGCACAUUGGGCUGAGUAUGCUACCAUAGCAACAGGAGGGGUCAAUGUCGUUAUGACAUUAGUGUCUGCGUUCCUUAUGGAUCGAGUCGGACGCCGUACCCUCCUGUUAGUCGGAGUGGGAGGGUUACUAAUCUUCAGUGCUAUUCUUGCUCUGUCUCUAAUACUUAUCAAAGAACUGAACAUUACAGUUGUAUGGUUGCCUUACCUAGCUAUCGUGUCUGUGAUAUGUUACAUUAUUGCAUUUGCCUCAGGUCCAGGAUCAAUACCAUGGUUUAUGGUUGCUGAGAUUUUUUCGCAAGGUCCACGAUCAGCGGCAAUUUCUGUGUCCACCAUGGUAAACUGGUUCUCGAACUUCACAGUUGGACUACUUUUCCCUUUAUUGAAUGAGCUGGCAAUUCAUCAAUACUCCUUCCUUCCGUUUGUGGUGCUGUUGAUUAUAUUCUUAAACUUCAUAUACAGAAGGGUUCCCGAGACGAAAGGGAAAACCUUUGAACAGAUCUCACUACUGUUUAGAAGGCCUGACAUGAUGGUUUAUGAAAGCAUUAUUCAGCAGGAUUCUAUUAAUACAGCAUAGACCAGGUUACAAAAUGAAGAUUCAUCCCACAAUUCAUUAACUUAUUAUAUUAUUAUAAUUUUUAUUAAUAUAACUAUUAUAUUUUUAUAUGUGCAAUCAGUAUAAGAAAACGUUUUUGUUGGAAGAAAAAUUCAAAACAACAAUUUCAAUUAGUAUGUAAUUGUUUUUAAAAAAAUGUUUACUAAAUUCACUUUCCCACAUGGAACUUAGUUAAACACCUCAAUGAACAUGGUCAAUCAAAAACAGUUGGAAGGAAUUAUUAUUUUCUAAUCGCAAAUUGUUUAAUCUUGUAUAAACUGAAUAAAAAAAUUAAUAAAAAGUUGAUAAGAUAUGUAGUGUCAUGCAAUGGUAUAAAAUCUCAAUAAACUUUAAAGACAUCAAAUACUAUUUUUAAAUAAACCAGCUUUAAUGUUAAAAUGCAUGCCUUGGUUUCAUUCAAUUAUUCAAAUUCAAUGAAUAGUUGUGCAUUUGUCA